AAAUUAAGCUGUUUUUUUUUGUUUUUUCGGAUUGGGUUGGACUGGCCGGUUACAAUUUUUUUUUUCACAGCCCUAAUAAACACUCCACUGUCAGUGGUUCAGUCCGUCAAAGGCAGAUACUUUGGGCAUCCUAAGCAUGGCGAUGGCGACGCCCUCUUUUGGAGAAGUGGCUGAAGGUGAUGCAAUAUUAAAGGGUGACAAACUCAUUUUAAGAGGCUUGAUGUUCCAUGGUUAUCAUGGGGUGAAACCUGAAGAAAAUAAGUUGGGUCAGAAGUUUUUGGUUGAUAUUGAUGCUUGGUUGGAUCUCCGCUCUGCUGGUGCAUCUGAUAAUCUAUCAGAUACAAUUAGUUAUACUGAUAUUUACCGCAUAGUGAAAGAAAUCGUUGAAGGCCAACAUCAUAAUCUUUUGGAAUCAGUUGCUCAGCUCAUUGCAUCAACUACCCUAACAAAACAUCCCCAGAUUUCUGCUGUUCGUGUGAAACUUGGGAAGCCUCAUGUUGCUGUGCUGGGUCCUGUUGACUACUUGGGUGUUGAGAUUCUAAGAUACAGAAGUAUCGAUGUACCAAAGUAAGAUAUAAGUGGUUUGCAUACCCAUAUGCCCUUGAGAAGAUUAUGUCUUCAGCAAAAACAAUCGUGUUAACUUUUUAGACGCGUGAUUAUGUUGUCCUGUUUUUGGUUCUUGUUAUAGUUCUUGAAGUUUUUGAUCUUUUAUUGUAAAGGAAUGAGAUCAAUGCUAUGUCAGCAUUGAGUGCCAAAUCAGAGCAGAGUCACCUCUGCUAUAACCGAAUUUUGUUGUGGUCCUCACUCAGAUAUUUGCUCAUGAUUGUAAUAGAAAGUUUGUGUAACGUCCUACAAAUUUAGGACCAUUACACUAUGGGUUUAAAUUA